AUGUAUCGUUUCUGCUGCCGGGGUGCGGUUUGGCGUCCAAUAAACAGAAGUCAUGUCUUGAGUGGCUUGGCAUGGUGUGCCUCACAAGGCGUCCCACCGGCCGACGACGGCAAACCCCGAGAAGCCGCACGUCAUGUUGCGCCGUCCGACGAAGACGUGGCUGAGAUGUUCACGGCCGAUCGUGAGGUGCCCACAUCCCGCACUGGGAGUAAAUUAUCGGAUGCCGCUAUGGAGUUCACGCGGGUUGACUCCGUUGAUGACACUGGCGGGAGAAAACACGCGGAGCAUUUUCGCGAUGCCACGGACUUUGAUGGGGAGGAGGAUGACGAUGAUGAUGAAGACAUCGACGAUGUGAGGAGACGGCCAUCACACGUCCACGGACACGGCGGAAGAAGGACGGCGGAGGAUCUUUUGGCAGAUGAGAAUGAGUUGCCGCAUGAGUCGGACGAAACGGCAUCCUCGCCUCCUAUCGACAUCCUUUUAGGGGCGGAGGACGAGGUUGCAGAACCCUCUGUGCUGCAUCCGAUUGCUGAACGACAGGCCGUUGCCCGAACAAUGAACGCUGUGGAGCUGGUGGAGAUGCUUGUGCUCUACCUCCGAGCAACGGAAAAUCCUCGCCUUGUGUCCGCCGAGGAGGAACACGUCUUGUUUCCCGUUGUCAUGGAGCGGCUGAAUGAACUUCACUUGGGGCAGAUGCUUGAUAUCGUGGAGUGUCACUGGGCUCGCUCCACCCUUGUACGGUACGGCAUUACAUUUAAAGACAUGGUGCGUGAUCGUAUUGCCAUGCUCGCAUCUGUCGCCGGGAAGGAUGCCGCGCAAAAACCAAAGCGGGCAUCACGCGUAGAUAAGGGCUUUGGUGAGGAUGAUGAUGUAACCAACGACGUGGAUGACGAUGUUGAUGACGAUGCGGAUGCUGGAGAGGUGUACGCACACGAGGUCAAGGCACCCACAUUGGACCCUAUCCUCCUUCAGGCGCGUGACGAAAUGAAUGCAGAGGGUGUACUUCGCUGCAUCAUCGUUAUGGGUAUGAGUGCAGGCCGGCGAAAGAGAGAUUUGCAGUUUUUUCAGGCUAUGGGUAUGUUCCUUGUGCAUCAUGUCAACCACUACAAGGACCCACAUGACUUGGUACGUGUGCUGACAGCUUUUGCACGCGCUAAAAUUGUUCCACCGAAGGGUUUUCUUGCGCUUCUUGGACGACGGUUUGCCGUGCUGAAUAAAAGAAAGCCGUUGGGUGCCCUUCCCAGCUACCGUGCCUUUGUAAACCUGUAUAAGAUGGGGCACGAUCAGAUGAAUAAUUUUAGGUUUCUGGCAAAUUGCAUUUAUGAAUCCAUGGACGCAAAUGUAAAGUCCGAGAAGAAGCGCCAGCGGUUGCUGGAGCUACAGAAGAAAAGUGGGACCACCGAUGCCGCCUCUGCCGACGCAACAAAGACAACCGCACAGUCCGAAAGUGCUGAAAGCAACGAAGAUGGCUCUACGAUGGAAAGGAUGAUGAUGACAGGUGAUCUUGACCCACAACUGCUGCAGUUUAUAAAGGCGAGGGAACGAUUUAAACGUUUGACAGAGCUGAAGCCGUCUAUGUUUACAAAACUUCUUCUUGUGCUCGCUCGAUUUGGCGCUCCACACCAGCAGUACUUACGCCCUACUAUCGUGCCGCUUAUUCUUCCCACAUUGCGUUGCUUUCCACCACCAAGCUUCUCCCGUCUUUUGCGUGCGUUGUACCUUUUUAGGACAACGGACCUUGAACUCAUUGAGCCCAUUAUUGACUAUCUGGCAGACGAUCUCGGUGUUCAGUCGGUUAUUCCUGAGGAUGUGUUGGAAAUGAUUCGUAUUGUUUCACCCGCGGAGGCGCCGGUUCCACGUAACCUCUCCAAAAUACUUCUGCUUUGUGAAUCUGUAUACGCGGGCGUGGAUGCGGCACCGGUGCGGCUUAUUCUUCCCACCGAUAUGUGCUCGGUAGCCGCCGCUCUUUUGAGAAUACAGAUGAAGGAGGAUGUCCCGCUAGACGCACUGGACCCUCUCACUCGUCUGAUGGAAGUCUUUGCAGAUCGCCUUUAUUCUUUGUUGCAGCUGCAUGUUGUCUCCCUCACGCACGUUGAUAUUUUUGCGGAUUUAUGCCGACAGCAGCAACACCCAGAUGUUUCUGGAAAAAUUGCCAGGCUUAUUCAAGAGCGACGCCGUCUAAGUUCUACGGAAGGGGAUGAUGACUACUACAGUCGGCUGGACAUCGACGUGCGUGAGACCUUUCACAAGAUCAUGGUGGUGAAUGAUUUCAAGACGUAUGGGCAAUACCGACCGACCCCUGGGGUGCUUCAGGUGGACUUUAAACAGGCACUGACGGAAGUGAGUGCAUUUGACGUGCUGGAGGCUACACAUCUUUUUGCUCAGGCCUUCCCCAAAACACUGCGGCCGACGGUCGUGAGGCACCUUAGUCGCAGUAUCAUUGCAAAGCUUGGCGACAGCGGCGAGGAGGUCAUCACGGAGGAUAACACGAUGGUUCUGCGUCCUCCCCGGGAGCUGCUGCUUACGAAGGAGGAUCUCGUAAAGUUUGUGGAGUUGGUGCAGGCAACCCCUUUGAAGCGGGUGAAGGAGUCGCCUGUGGUGUGGCGCUUCAUUGAGGAAAAGGCACGGCGGCUGAGGAUGAGUGAAUUGCUGAAGACCGUCGAGCAGCAGGCUGUCGUUGCGACGGCGUAG